UGUUUAGAGAUCCAGUACUCCUCACAUAUACCACACGACACAAUGCCUAAAGAAAUCAAGGAUAUCAAGCAGUUCCUCGAGCUCGCCAGAAGAAAAGAUGCCAAGUCCGCUGGCAUCAAGAAGAACGGCAGCAAGUUGAUCAAGUUCAAGCUCCGCAACUCGCGUUACCUCUACACCCUCGUCCUCAACGACGCCCAGAAGGCCCAGAAGCUCACCCAGUCGCUUCCUCCUGGACUCAAGGUUACCGAGAUCAAGAACUAAAUGUUCUAAGUCGAUAGGACCAAAAAUAAAAUCAAUCAAAAAUCGGAGUCUUUUACAGUGCAUUGUUUUCUUCACCACAAACGUGACGAGAAUCGAAAAACGGCUAUGAGAAUGGUUUUGUAAUUAUAGGAUUUAAUCAGAAUAGAGUCGUGUGCUUCCAGA